AUGGUUGCUUUCUCCAAGGCAUUCCUUUUGGCAUUUGCCAGCUACGCUUCUGCCCACCCCGGCGAGGCGCACGAUACCCAUCACAUGAAGCGCGAGAUCGUGGCCCGCGACAGCGCAGCCCGCGUCGGCGCUCGUGCCUUGAGCGCUUGCAGCAACUCUGCCAACGCUCUUCAGCUCAAGAGUCGCUCUAUCCAGCGGCGCGCCGAGACCGUUAAGAAACUGCGCCAGAAGCGCGGUAUCAAAGCUCCUGCCCGCAAGAACCGCCGAGACCUUGAGGAUCUCCAAGCCUGGGAAGCCAUCAACCAUAACCAGACUGGUGUCUACAACUAUGAUGCCUUCACACCUCUUGAGACCGUUUUUGACGCCAACACUAGCUGUAUACUGGCGCCCACCAUCACCAACGGUCCGUAUUACGUAGCUGGCGAGUAUUUCCGUUCCAACGUGAUCGAGACGGAGUACUGCGAGGGCAUCAACGUGUUCCUUGAGGUGCAGUACAUCGACAUCAACACCUGCGAGGCCAUUCCCAGCGUCGCCGUCGAUGUCUGGAAUUGCAACGCCACGGGCGUGUACUCUGGCGUCGAUUCCGCUGGCCAGGCCGGCCUGAAUACCACCUUUCUCCGUGGUAUACAGUUGACUGACCACGACGGUGUCGCAUCUUUCGAGACUAUCUUUCCCGGCCACUACUCCGGCCGCGCCAUCCACACUCAUUUGUUGGCCCACACAAACGCCACCCUGGAGCCCAACGGCACCAUCUCCAUCUGGGAUGCCCCCGUCGCCCACAUUGGGCAGCUGUUCUACCCAGAGGACCUGAUCGAGGAGGUCGAGGCCACCUAUCCAUACAACACCAACACGGUUGAGCGUACCACAAACGACGACGACAUGUGGUCUGUUCUCCAGGCCGACGCGUCCUUCGACCCCAUCCCCGAGUAUCUGUACCUCGGCGACGACAUCACGGACGGCCUGUUUGCGUGGAUCCAGAUCGGCGUCAACGGCUCCGCCGACUACUCCACCAACUCGUACUACGGCGUCGCCGCCUACCUCGGCGCCGACGGCGGCCACUCCACCGGAUACAGCGUCGGUGGUGGUGGUGGUGAUGGCGGCCAGGGCGGCCCCGGCGGCAACGGUACGUUCCCCAGCGGCGCUAGCAGCGGUAUUGUCCCCGUAUCUACCUCCACUUGA